AUGUCUUCCGUUGAGAUUAUCAAGGACCCAGCUCAACCAGCCCGCUUGCCACGAUCAGCAUCUAAUCCUAAACCAAAGGGGAUCCUCAAGAACGCAGUGCCACAACCAGGGUCACAACCUCAUAGCUUGCAAUGGGAUGAGGAGAAUCUUGCGUUGACUGAGAUCCAGAAAGACAGUCUUAUGAAGAUUACGGAACCCAAGACGCCAUACGUACGGUAUAAUGCUGAAACAGACCAAGUAGAGGGCGAUAUUCCAUCGCUUGACCUAGGCGGGCGCAUGCCCUCGCCAAUGGAAUAUCUGUCGUCUUCUCCACGAUCGGUAUCACCGACCGCAGAUUCAUCAAGGCGAUCUUCUCGCAGAACAUCGCUUAGCAGCGCUGGGCGCGCUUCAUCUGGACGAUCAGCUAGUACUGGAUCCAGCAGGAGCACGAGCUUCAAUCUUCCGAAUGAGGCUAAAGCGGAGAUAAGAGCUGUGCAAGAUAGUCCAGGCGAAGAAGUCGAGACGGAGGAAGAAAUGGAUGAAGAAGCUGCUGCUAAGCAUGCGGCUUUCGUGCGAGCCAGAGGACGGCACUAUUCCAACGAAGCAGAGGCAAUGAAGCGGGCAGCGAAGAUGCCGGAUGACGAAGAAGAAGAAGUAACUGAGGACUCGGCCUCAGCACCUGCGGACGGUACCGAGGAUGUCGCAGUCAACGGCGCUCGUGACAAUUGA